AUGGUCCGGUAUUCAGACGCGUUGCAUAUACAAGAAACAGGCAUCAAUCCCCGGCAUGAACAAUCCCUCCUGGAGCAAUUUCCGCCGGUUGGUCAACUUAUGCUUGAGCAGCCUACUGUUGUCCUGGACAAAUUUGGCCUUAUUGUUCUAUGGUAUCUCCCUGGAGCAAUUAAUGAAACCAUACAGGAGAAUGAUAUGAUGGCGGCGACCAAGAUGAUGUCCAAUCAUCUGUGUAAGAGUAUCAGCCGAACUGCUGCCAAGAAGGAGAAAUGGCGCACCCACGAGAGCAAUUUUCGAACCAGUGAACACGGCCUCACUCUGGGUUGUAUUAAUCUAUCUCCAGGAUGGUUUCUGCAAGGUCAUCCGGCUCCAAAGUUUCAUCCUGAAAUAUCGGCGACCCUUAAACAGGAUGGGUCAACUAUAUGUCAGGCGAUCCGGUGGCCGGCGGUCUUGGCUGCCACUGCAUUGAGAGUCAUGCAUGGCAGCUUAUACUGGUCGUCUUUGACAACUCAGCUCGGCCUCGGUCUAUGGGCAGACAAUAAUCAAUUCAAGGACAUGGGAACUUGCCUCAGACAAUGGGUGUCUUCAUUUACAGUUCUCGCCGUUAUGUGCAAUCAUUGUUCACCCCUGCACAGAGACUCUCAAUCCCUCGCUCAAUGGUUUGAUAUCAUAACCAGUAUCGGCGAUUAUGGACCGGUGCAAAUGAAAUUGCCCAAUAUUGGCAUUGAAAUUACCUACAAUUCAGGUGUGAUGGUAGGUACUUCAGGCAGAAUUGUUAGGCAUGGUGUCAACAGGGUGAACGGCGAUAGAGUUAGCUGGGUGUGGUACAUGAGGGAUGAUGUUCAUAAAUUUGUUAAUGUACCCCGAGGUGACUAUUCCAAGUACAAGUCAAUAAUCGCCGAUGCAUUCUGUUGCAGUUAG